UUUUCGAUAAAUACUUUUAGUUCAACUGCGUAAGGCAUACAAUUCAAACAUUUUUGUUCUACAAUAUGGAUUCAGACAAAAUUACAAUAGACUUUGUAGAAAAUCCUCACAAGAGUCCAUGGAGACAUUUGGAAUAUUUCAUAAACGCCAUUAACCAAUUUUUAAUCGGAUUCGUAACAAUAUACUUAAGUUGGUGGUGUCUUUCCCAAGGAUUAAAAGGAAUCACUCUGCAUGCAUGGUUGUGUACAAUAGGAUUUUCUUUUCUAAUGGCUGAAGGUCUAAUGACCCAUUACAAUGGCAACACUUUUUUGCUUUCCUACAAACGAAAAUCAAGAACAACCAUUCACUGGAUUCUACAAGCACUAGGUGGAGCCAUUGGAAUUGCUGGUGGUGUAAUUGAAAUGUGCCGAAUGGAUGUUCAUUUUGUAACAAUUCAUGGAAAAUUAGGCUUUUCAGCUAUUAUUUUGUGUGCUGUAAGUAUGAUUUCUGGAUUGAGUGCUUUGUUUCCCAGAUGGUUGAGGAAAAUUAUUUCGCCAUUGCUGAAUAAAACCGUACACAAUGUAUUGGGAGUUGGAACUUUUGCUAUAGCACUUGUCGCUCAAUAUUAUGGAUAUCAAUCGUGGUCUUUCGAAUUAUCUGUUCAACCAGACUUUCGAUAUACAAUGGAAGUGAUUACUUUAACUUCUUUGGUGCUAACAUGUUUGGGACCUUUAAUUUCGCUGUGGUAUAGAAUUAUGAAUUGUAUGGAGUGAUCUCUCGAAGAUAAAGUUUUUUUUUAACUUUGAAGUUUGUAGUUAAUAAAUUUUCGAAAAUUAUAAUUUUAUGUAGUCAAAGCGAA